AUGGCACUUGCUGUACCGCCAGCUGGGACCUUCGCCCCAGGGACGAAGGUUCAAGUCGGAAACCACCGUGUUGUGAUCGAAAAAUACCUUUCUGAAGGGGGAUUCGCUCACGUCUACGUUGUCCGCCUUCCGCAUCCGAUCGAUGGCGCCGAGACUGCUGUGCUGAAAAGAGUUGCCGUGCCAGACAAGGUCGCUUUGGCAAAUAUGCGGACCGAAGUCGAAACCAUGAAGAAGUUGAAGGGACAUCGGCAUAUUGUCACAUACUUUGACUCUCACGCAUCCCAGUUAAAGGGCGGCGGGUAUGAGGUUUUCCUUCUCAUGGAGUUCUGCGCCGGAGGCGGCUUGAUCGAUUUUAUGAACACUCGGUUGCAGAAUCGCUUGACGGAGCCUGAGAUCUUGAAGAUUUUCACCGAUGUUGCGGAGGGCACAGCCUGUAUGCACUACCUCAAACCCCCUUUGCUCCAUCGGGAUCUCAAGGUCGAAAACGUCUUGAUAGCGCUACAUGGGAAUUCGUUUAGCUACAAAUUAUGUGACUUUGGGUCGGCAGCGCCGCCACGCCCAGCUGCUGCUACUGCUGCGGAGGGGAGGCUGAUCGAGGAUGAUGUCCAGCGCCACACCACUCUACAAUAUCGCAGUCCGGAAAUGAUCGAUGUUUAUCGCAAACAGCCAAUCGAUGAGAAGAGCGAUAUAUGGGCGUUGGGCGUCCUUCUGUACAAGCUCUGUUAUUACACAACUCCCUUCGAGGAAGCUGGGCAGAUGGCAAUCCUGAACGCCAAAUUUAAGUACCCUGCGUACCCGCCUUUCUCUGAUAGAUUAAAAUUGCUCAUUGCGUCUAUGCUACGAGAGGACCCGCGAAAACGACCGAAUAUAUAUCAAGUAUUGCAGGAAGCGUGUCGCAUGCGCGGCAAAGAGGUACCCAUUACAGACAUUUACUCCGGGCGUUCACAUUCUGAGUCAAGACGCUACCAAAAACUUCCAUCUCCCAACGAAACACCAAAGAUAGGGGCCGUAUUCUCCCCACCCAUUCAGGAGACGCAGAUUAUUCCUGACAUAGCUCCUAUGAGGCGAGGGAGACCCACCAAACCUACCUCACAUCACAACUCAACCAAACCCAGUCCGUCGCCAUUAAGAGUCGCUUCAAAUGACCCAUUUGCUGCCCUUGACGGAGGCAAAGUGCCUAACGGAGACGAGCUCUCUUCCAGGUUUCCAACCUUGGACGAAUUUUCGCUCUUCCAUGACCAAGGGUCCAAAUUUGAGUUUGAGCCGACGGUGCCAGAAACCAAGCCACCCACGGAAGACCUUUCAAAACGAAUAACCAAUGCUCUCGCGGAUGAGGCCUUUGCCAAAGCCAAUCCGACUCCUGUUUCCCAGAAAAACCCGGCAAUAGGAUCACAGUCCAAAUCUCUCGGCGAAAAUAAACCAUUAGAAGAGAAGAUUUUGAUACCAUCUCCGGACUUACGCGCUGAGCUUACACGACAACAAACUACUACCCUACAUCAACCUAUUCCUCAAAAGCCAGUCAUGGUGUCCACUGGCACCAUGACAACUCCUUCCCCCCGCCUGCGUCCAUUAGAUAGCCCGCCUUUUUCUCAACGAUCCAAAUCCAGACUCCCUAAUUCCCUUGAAAAGCGACAUUCCGCCCAACAAUUCGAGAGCGAGAAUGAAAAAACCCCCAGCGGUCGUGACGUUUAUAUGUCUCGUGGGGGAUUAUUCAAGCGUGAAUCGAAACAGAACGCUUCGUUCGAAGAUCUACCGAGGUCACCGGUCUCGUCUAGACCGUCAUUAGAGGGAUCCCGACCAUCUGCUCUUGAUACAAGUGAUCCAACCGCUCGUUCUAAAUCGGCAAACUCGAAGUCCCGGCCUGCCAGUUCUUUCAUUGGAUCUAGAUCGGAGCGUUUUCGGGAUUUUGAUAGUCCGAGAGACUCCCUCGAUUCUAGCUUCCCUCGCGGUGGAUACGAUGGGAGUGACGUCUUACAUCACCCACGGUUGGAAACGGAUCGUGACCAUGAGCGAGCCAAUAUAUCGUCAGACAUUGAUUUCUUACGAGCCAAAGAAGUAGAAGAAUCAAACCGAAAACGGGAGAAACGUGUCAGUAGCGGGUCAAAACAUAUGAAACGUUCGAGUUUGACGUCUAUAUCUCUAUCUGGGACUAAGAAUCUACUCGCCGGGCGGUUUGGCGAUGCGUUCCGUCGUUUUGAGAAUAAUGCAGCACAAGAACGGACAAGCCGAAGUCCUUCCCCUGACAAUAUGAAUGCACGCCUCACUCCAAUAACAGGUUCAGAAGUUACUGAGAUGAGCGAUGAUGGCCGUGAAGUCAAUGAUGGCGAUAUCUCACCAGAGAUGCGCCGUGAGCUAGAGCGACGACGUUUAUCACUGGAAGAGAGGCGAGUGGCAAAUGCUGCUGCUGAGUAUCGCCAGCGGUUAGCGGAGCGGGAGAAGAUGGGGGCCGUGGUGGAGAAGGAUUGA